UGCUGGAGCCUGUCCUUUCUAGUUCGCAAUGCCGGUGUCGAUUUCGAGAAGGAUUUUACGUCUUUUGGGUCCUUGGGCGUUGGUCGUUGCAGUUCUCCAUGUCUCACUUAUCAAUUAUUUCUAACUUCUCUUGAUGUGUGUGGCCGUGUCUCCGGGGAUUGCUUAUUUUUUGCAGAAUCUUCUAGCUUUAUCAAGGGUGGGGCAGCUUCCCUUACGUAUAGGAGGUUUUCAACCUCUAUCCUCACUCCUGGGUCAAGUGAUGGUGCAUUCCCCUCUGAUUUGUUUUCCACAAAGACUGUGUUAACACCAGAGGGCAACAUCGGACUUGGUGAUUCUGGAGACAAAUUUCACAAUGAGGACAAGGGAUUUAUGGUUUUGGUUGGUGAUGUUUUUGAUGUGCCCAUUAAGAAGCAUAUUAUUCAUUGUGAUGGCAACUUGCAAAACAAUAACAGAAUUUUAUGCAGUUCAAGUUGUCUACAGGGAACACAUUCAACAAAAACAAUCAGUGAAGUUAGUGGGACUGGUAGAAAACCAUAUCAACAAAAGGGCACUGGUCGAGCAAGGCAUGGAAAAUUGCGUGGACCACAGUUUAGGGUUGGUGCUGCAAUGCAUGGCCCUGAGCCACAGAGUCGAUGCAACAAGAAGGUUUGGCGGCUAGGAUUGAAGAUCGCUUUGACAGCUCAAACAGCAAAAGGAAAACUUCUGGUUUUUGAGGAUUUGGAGGUCCCUACACAUAAAACUAAGAAUAUUGUUAACUAUGUCAACCAAAUGGAGAACACCAAGAAGCUGCUGGUGAAUGGUUGUCCAAUUAAUGAAAAGCUGAAGUUGGCUGGCUUGAAUGUCCAUAGCAUCCUGCUGCAUGAUACGCUGGUGAUGUCUCGUGAUGCUGUAAACAGGAUUGUUGAACGGAUGCACGCUCCAAUUAACCGAUGA